AUGCCUUACACGCCCCCUUCUCACCGUUCUCCCUCCGCGUCAGCUCCCACAUCCCCCGAUGCCAGCCGGAGACCGUCGCUGGUAAGCGGAGGUUCCCGCCCAGUCCUGCCCAGGUCGGCUUCGUAUCUCACGAGACACCGACGCACACCCUCCGCCGUGGGAGCUCCCGAUGGAGCAGCGAGCCAGCCCUCUCCAGACGCCACAUCUGACGACCUCAAGAGCCUGGUCAGCAGCCGAAGCGUCCGACAGUCGCCUCCGCCCGUGACGAGCGACCGAGGGAUGCCUCAAGGCGCCAUCCUGUCCCCGCCUGAGUCGGCAUCGAAUAGUGACGAUGAUGACCUUCCUCAGAUGCGCGGAAGGCAGAUCGAGAACCUCAAGGAGCUGAAGGAGCUGCACGAGGCCGUGAGCCAACUGCCCCGGCACCGAGAGAGCUCACCCACCAGGCCCGAUGCAGGCGACCUCCUCGUCCUUCCUUCUCAAUCCGAGGGCAUCCACCACAGCUUCAGUGCGAGCGCCCUGGACGACAUGGCCCAUGCGGGACGCAAGAUCUCCCACACACGAUCGGUGACGGAGCCCCAUAUCCUAAUCAGCAAGUCUGCCGACAACUCGUUGACGGGGUCGGAUGAUGAGUCGGAGGAGCCGCUGAAGAAGCCGCAGAUGGUGCGCAAGAAGUCGGGCGAGCUCGUUCGACCGGCCCUUCGCCCAGCUUCGCGGCGGCGGCCCUCGAGUAUGCCUGGGACCCCGACCUUCUCCAAAGCUGUGCACUUCGACUCCCACCUAGAACAUGUCCGCCACUUCCUCCAGGUCGACAGACCACUCGCUGUCAGCGCCGGGUCUUCCCCGAACGAGAACUACGACAGCGACAACGAGUAUCCUUUCCCCGGUGACGAGCGCAGGAAUACCCGGAACCCUCCCUACGAAUGGGAGAUCAUCGUCACCAACUUCCCAGUCGAGACGCCUGCCCGCAAGGCACUGCCCGUCAGGUUGGAGCGCGUGUGGCUGUCUAACGACCAGAAGUGCCUGAUAGGCUCGGUCGUGGUCACCAACCUCGCAUUCCAGAAGUAUGUCACCUGCAGGUUUACCCUCGAUUACUGGAAGACCACUUCCGAAGUCGCCGGCGAUUACGUGACCGAAGUGGGACGUAGGGACCUGCCCGACCAACACGAUCGCUUCAACUUCUCGAUCAAGCUGUCCGACCUGGCCAACCUCGAGUCCAAGACGCUCUACUUCUGCAUCCGUUACAACGUCAACGGCCAGGAGUUCUGGGACAAUAACAGUGGCACCAAUUUCCAAAUAGAUUUCAAGAAGAAGCAUCUGCCCAUGAACGGCAAGAACAACUUCCAGGGUGCCUCCUCGAGACCUCUCAACUCGCUGCCCAGGAGCAACCGCCGGUCUCCGGGCCCUGACGGACGUCCCCGGUCGAUGCCCGCCUCGUCGGACGAGUUCGGGGAGAACCAGAAGAUCAACUUCGACCAGUCACUCCACGAGUAUCUUGGCGAGACCGGCACCUCUCUGCGGCUCAAGGGCGUCAAGUCCAGCACCAACCUGCCGAGCGAUAAUCUCUCUAGCAGGCUGUCUGCCCCGAGCGGGCAGGCAUUUGCAAACAGAUACGACUUUGGUGCUUCCCUGACUGCCGCCGUCCAAGCCGCCAAGGAUGCCAUGGGCAACAAGCCCGACGGCUUGUACAUGAAGCCGCACCGCAAGGCCAGCGUCCAGAUCGCUACUGCCAACACCGGAAAGCCUCUGGCUAAGGACACUGGGUCUCCCGUGCCCGGCUCCAGCCCCGUCAAAUCUGCCGCUCCUGCAACCGCGUCGGCUCCGGCAACAUCGGGAGUCCAGUCUCCCGGCUCAGGCAGCAUCUCCUCCGCCUCGUACGAGGAGUUGGUCAACAAAUACUGCUUUUUCGGCUCGAAGCAGACCAGCCCCCAGCUGAAGGAUGGCACCCUCAAAGGAGGCCGUUUCGAUGGCAACGACGAGUACUACCGGGGGGACAGCUCCAACUCGAGCUCAAACGGGAGCCCGCAGAUGCGUACCGUCCGGCACGCCUCUCACGCCCAGCACCACACGCUGCACCCCAAGGAUCCCAACCCGUACUUCCAGCACUCCCCGACUCUCUCCAUGGCUGCCUCGCCCGUCGCAUCGCCUCUGAAGAACCCGGUUGAGCGCAUCUCGAGCCCACUUGCCGGCCAGCCGAGGAACCCUGCACCCGUGUCAGCACCAUCCCCUGCCCGAUCAGUGUCACCUGCUUCCAUGGUCGGCAGCUUCCCUCCCUUCGCCGGGGUUAAGCUGCCUCACCGGACGGAUCAACCGGACGCACCUUCAACAACAUUCGGAGACGGCCCCACCUACAACUCCCGUGGCUACCUGUCUCUUCUCGGUUACGACACCUACCAGAGAGCCAACACCUACAAAGGCAGAACCAACAACCUCUUGCCAGUACGGCAAGGGCACGGCGCUGCAACGCAUCUUCGGCGCCUCAACCUCGACGAAUGA